UGCGUCUCCCGCUGUCAUCUUCAUUAUUACAUGGUAAGAAGAAGAAUCGACACAUCGAGAAUACAUAUAAAUACCAAAAUGAUCGAUCCAAAGCUGAACGGGACCUGCUACCGAGCUUUCCCUCUGACUGAAGCGGUCGCAGCAAGAUAGUACCCAAGGCUUGCACAUAUUUUCCCGUCAUCUCAACGUCAAGCCAUCGAGGCUACCGUUCCCCUACCGAAAUGCCGUCUUCACCGACCCUGUCAGGGUUCAGCGCUGAACAGAAUGAAAAGCUACUGAUUGCCCGCCAGGAACUCCUCGGGUCAUCCAACGGCGAGAUCUAUCUUGCUUCCGAUCUUGCAUCACAUCUUACCUGGCGACCCACUCAGGAUAAGGAUGCGGGGGAUGUACAUGUUGUUGCACUUCCGGACGAGUUCAAAGGUAAGGCCGCUGGGGCAUGCAAUGAGGGUGAAGAGGAGGACGCUCUUGUUGCGGUUAUAGCAAGAGUCUCCAAGAGCAAUACUAACCUGGUACACGACCGCUACUACAAGAAGAGCUCGUGGUAUACCGAGACCUUAGCAGAUCUUAAGCUUGCUGUGGCACUUGAGGCAGUCACUGAAAAUGAUACGCUUCAAAAGGACUUCGACGCCUACCAGGCGACAAUCGAGCGCCUUCGGGAAUGCUUGCCAAAGACUCAAGACGGUUGGAAGCGUAAUGGAAUCCUAAUCGACGGCCGGGGUUCGGAGGGAACAUAUGUUGAUAAAAUCAAGCUACGUCAUCGCGUGUUUCUGCCAAGGAAACCCACCGAUCCUGAGGAGGAGUUAUUUGAAGCCAUUGACACGGACCCCUUCAAAUCGGAGUAUACACUGCGGGGGUAUCCGCUUCGCCACAAGGAGGCUCGGGACGAGCGGGAGUUAAUGGUCACCGAUAAGUCCCAUAAACUCAACGUCUUUGGAGCGUACGACACCAACGGGUGUAUAAUUCGCCCUUCUAAGGUUUCUGAAAGCCUCCGGGGUGCUAUAGUCAAGGUUUACUUCACCAUCAUGCACGUACCCAUCAGUUGGGAAUCCAAGCAUGUUUUUAGUGCCGAUGUCGUUUCCAUCCGAGUCAUUAUCCCACCAAGUCCGUCCUCCACACCGCGCCAUUCGACCAAACGAAAGUCUGCGCGAGACCCAUUUAAACAGGAUGACGACGAGUCUCCGGAAGACUCUUCACCUUCAAAGAAGCGGCAUUUGACGGACUUCUUUGGUCGAGUUGGGGCACGAUCAUCCUAG